AUGGUUGUAAAUAAGGAAGGAAAAGGCUACUCUUAUCCUCAUCCAAUAGAUAAUUUCAAUAAGAAAAAGGCAGCUGGAGUUGUUGGUUACUAUAAGAGCGUUCUUCCAAAGAAUGAGAAAAGAGGUACUAGGCCAUCAUCUGCUCCACCAACUAGGCAAAAUCAAUCCUCUGUAAAAAAUACACCUAAGAAUAAGGUUAUCCCUAACAAAAAAGAUAUACCUAAAAAGAAGCAAUUAAGAAUACAGGUUGACCAAAAAGAUUUCCAAACCAUUGUCGAAGAAGAACUAGGUUCAAGCCCAAGUAGUUCCAUAGCAAGUGCUGGUGAAAAUAGGAGAACGACCAUGAUGAAGAGUACUCCUAAUACAGCUUCCAAAUACUUUAAUUUGGCAGAUUCUGCAGAUGAAGGCCAAAUUGAUCUACAUCCAAUGUAUUAA